UAUUCUUUAGUUUACGUUUAUGUAUGUUUUGCUAUUGAGAAACAUCACAACACAAUUAUCAAGAGCUGAUAGCAACGUUAGCUUGAAGUAUUAAAUUGUUUUACAAAAACAGUGCAUUGUCACUAUGGUUAGCCAUCUUUAGUAUCUUCAACAUUUAACAGUGAAAACUAUUUCGUGUGUAGUAGUCAGCAUGACAACAGAAUCUGGAAAACAGUAUGGUUUACUACUACCAAAGAAAGGAUCUAAUAAGGAUAUCAUACAAAGACCUUCAGUGUUUGAUGAAGGUUCUGAUUCAGAAGAUUCUGGUACUGGCAAAGGAGAUUGGAUAAAAAAAGCAUAUCAGCGUGAAGCCAACAAAUCCUUAGAGAAAAGACAAACAAAAAUUCAAGUUCAAAAAGCUCUCAGUCAAGAUCCAAGUAUAUAUCAGUAUGAUGAAGUUUAUGAUGAGAUAAAAGAUAAAAUUAAUAAAACGCCAGUGAAAAAAGAAGAGAAAAAACAGUCUCGUUAUAUACAAUCCUUAAAGAGAAAUGCUGAAAGGAGGAAGUUAGAAAAUGAAAGAAGAUUAGAGAGGCAAGUCCAAAAAGAAAGAUUAAAAGAAGGAGAUGAAUUUAAAGAUAAAGAAACUUUUGUAACUUCUUCUUAUAAGAAGAAAUUGGAAGAGUUCCAAAAAAUGGAUGAAGAAGAGAAACGAAUGGAUCGAUUAGAAGAAAUUGGUGAUGUUUCUAAACAAAAAGACAUCUCAGGAUUUUAUAGACAUUUAUAUAAAACAACAGUUGAUGUAGAUCAGCACCAAAACAAAAAAGAUCAAGAUAAUAAAAUGGAAUUAGAAGAAAAAGUGGAAAUAGUCAAGAAGAGCCCCACAAAAGAAAUAAAUGAGGAUCAGUUUAACCCGUUAUCAUCCCAUAAAAAACAAAAACGUCAAUAUAGGAAACGGACAAAAUCUGGCAGUUCUAGAGAAGAAGGUGAAAAAACUACUUCAUCCUCAUCUUCCUCAUCAUCAACGAGUUCAAGUGAUUCUGACAGUGAAAGAAGAUCAAAAUCACAUAAAAAGAGGAAAGAGGAAAAUAGUCAAAGUAAAGAAAAAACACCAGAUAAAAAGAAAAUAUCAACUUCACAAAAUAGGGAAAAUAUUGAAGUUUCACAAAAGUCUUCAAAUGAAAUGAAGGAAAAUAGGAAACCAAGUUCUUCUUUAACAAAUUCAAGCACAUUGAAAGAUGUAACUGUUAAUGAGAUAGAAACUGAUAGUAUAAACAGAACUUAUGAAGAGACCAAACCUACUGUAAAUAUCUGGUUAAAGAGAACUGUCGGUGCACUUUUUGAUGAUGCACUUCAAAGAUAUUUAGAAAGGAAAUCUAAACGGUAAAUUGUUUACAUAGUUGUUUUUAUGUAAAUGAAAAAUGUAGUGGAGUGAAUAAAAUUGUAAGGAAUAAAAUUA